UGUCACAUUACCAAAACAAAUCGAAACUGUAUUUUCGAAAAAGAAAUAAUAAAUUCUGACUUAAAAAGUGAUUUUUAAAACAUGCCAACUGAUCGUUAAUUUUCAAAGUAAUAAGUAAAGCUUUAGUUAAAAGAUUAACAUGGCACAUAGAGAAAAGAAACGAGUAUUGGAGAAACGAGCCCGUGAAUUCGUAGUAUUUUUGCGGGACUAUUUUGAACGUGAGCAGCAAAACGGAGGGCCCCUGUUGCCCCUCACCCGUGUCGUCGAGCGAGUUUCUGAUGCAUUAAAGAUCGGUACAAAUACGGUAUGUCGAAUAACCAGAGAAAAAUACGGUAAAAGCGGAAUGGAAGAUAACGAGCUUAAGACUCCAAGUUAUACACCACAUACAAGAAGAAAAAGAAAAACUGACGAAUCAUCAAAAUCAACCAAUAAUGGGAAAAAGGUACCCAAAGAAUGCAAUCUUAGAGUUAACGGUGUUAGCACAAAUAAGAGUAAAACUAAAGUAUACACAACUGAGUCAAAAAUCAGAGUAAAUCUUAAAACAGUUCCAAAUAUAACAAGUUCAAGAGGGAAAUUGCAAAAAACUUGUAUUACGAAAGCAGCACCUAAAUUGACCCCGAAAACAGAUCUGAGCUUUCAGUUGCCAAAAAUCUGCAAUCCUAUGGUCAGUGGGUUCGAAAGAACUGCAAACAAAUCCAUAUCAAGUGUCAAAACAGAGGACCCUAAAAGUCCAUUUGGUAAGACAAGUUCAAAAAGAAAAUGUCAGAACACAAGUCUGUCAUCAAAAUCACCUUUAGAUCCAAUACAUAUUGAAAUACCAUUUUUGAGUCCAGUCAUACAUGGUCUGGAAAGUAUAACAGCAUCAACAAUUAACCCUUAUCAUAAAAAGGAACAUUUGAUUGGUGAAACAAGUACAAAAAGAAAAUGUCGAACAAUGUCUUCGAAAUCACUUUUAGACCCAAUAUAUGAUAUGCCUAAUAUCUUCAGUCCGACAUUAAGUGAUUUUGGCAGCACCACAGAUUCUACUACAACAGGCAUCAAAUCAGGAAAUAAUAAUACUCCAAUACAUACAAGCACAAAAACGAAUCCCGCAAAAGACUAUUCGAUGAAAUUGGAAUUCAAAGAGGAUUUGGAUGAUAAUAUAAUUCUUGUUGUUCAUCCUACAAUUGAUGACCAUCUUCCUAUGAACACUUGGCAGACUAAUAAAACUUUGUAUUAAACCUUGCCAUAAAAGGCACAGAAUUUUUGUGUUGGCAACAUUAAUUACAUAUAUGCAAUUAAUGUUGCCAUACUUAUAUAAAGGUGUAGUUUUUGAAUUGGUGAAAAUUUUGUCUGUAAAAAUAAAAAGUAUUAGUAGGUUAGUAUAUUUCGAAAUGUAUAUAUUACGAAUAAAUCUAAAAUACUGCAUUUAAUUUUUAAUGCCAUUUAUGAGUGUUGCAAUAUUAAAGAUUAAGCCUCACGUGAGCCUGAUUUUCUAUUUUCCCGUUCAGACUAUAAUUU